AUGCUGAGGCAACCCAGCUGCCAACAUGUGGAUCAAUUAGCUGAAGUUCAUCGCAAUGCACUUGAAGUACUCAAGAAGAUUGCUGACUGCUGUUGCAAGGAAGCGGCUGCCUGGACGGCAAAUGUGCAAGCAUUGGCGAAGGCAAAGCAGGACGAGGAGAAGGCCCUUGCCCGUGAGAACCAGAAGGAGGAGAAACGAGCUGCACAAGCUGAGAAGAAGAAGCGAGAAAAGAUUCUGAAAGCGGCAAAGGCCAGAGCGGACAAGGCGGAAAAGGAACGUAUGGCAGAAGAGGGAGGAGGUGAUCAAGCUGAUGUGGAGGAGGCCGCGGCCCAGGGGAAGAGCAAAAAGACAAGGAACAGAAACCGUUCUGGCACACAAGAGCUGACUGAAGAUGAUCCUGAGCUACUCCAUGCUAUGUUUAAGCUUCCUCUCGGUGCAAUGGCAGUGGCGAACGACGUGGCUUCCUUCGUUGAUCAGAUCGCAGAGGUUCCCGGGGCAGCAUGCAUUGCGCGGUUGCGACGUGGCCCCUUCAAGAAGGAAGACGAUUCCCUGAAUCCAUCGGAUUGCAAUGCGAUGCAGAAGGUGCUGGUCCAGGAGUCCCAAAGCUUUGUUCAGCAGGUGGAGGAGCUCUACAAGGCACCAAAUGCUAAGUGGGAUGCACGAGCGACAUCCAUCGCUGACGGUCCUGCACUCAUGCUCGCGAUGGACGACAAGAUUGCUCAACGACUGCAACAGCUGUCUGUUGAACAUCAAGAUCGUUGUGACGUCCCUAGGGUUAAUGUCCUUGAUCGAGAUCACUUGGGCAAGGAGAUCUAUGAUGAAGCCAUCAGGAAUCAGAGGGAUGCGGAAGCGGCAAUGAAGGAGAUGCGCAGGAUGACCGGAGUGGCUUGGGUGGGCGCCAAGCAUGGAGGUGUUUUCACAGGCAAUCUGCCAGUUCCGGGAGCUGCCUUCCUCUACCAGAUCGAAGGUCAACGGAUCGUGGCCUGUGCUCCAGCCAUGGAGCUACUGGGCAUGAUGCAUACGCAUGACGCUGCUGCACUUCCUGAUGAAAUCAAUGCUGAGAUGGCGCCAGAGAUGAUCAAGGACAUCAUGCGGUUCCUGCAGACGGCCCGAGAAGACUUCUUACGUGAGAACCUGCCAGUGAACUUCCGCUAUGAGUGCAUCAUACCAGGAGACGUGCUCUAUGUGCCGGCUGGCUCUAUUGUGAUGGAAAAGUCCGUGGUAGCAAAUAAUGUGAUCCUUCGGGUGCCUUCCCCCUUGCUAUCCUCCACCGCUAUCGAGUCUGUGAUCUUUACCAGUGGCAUUGCCCCGAAGAGCCUUGGUAUCGAACAUUAG